UCCACCCAUCCGGUGUUUCAAAUCACAAACACAAGAACGUAUAUAUUAUACACACAAUAUAUAUACGUUUCCGUGUACAUACUACAUAUACGAUGUCUAUCAAUCCCUGUAUGACAAUCGUCGGGACGAUCUUUGUCCUUAUCGCCACUUCAAGCCAAAGCGUGGCAUCGUUGGGGCUUCCUCUCGUCGACCCAUGCACGGUGUCGGAUUUCCCAGCAUUGUGCAGAGGCACAAUCAAGGGUCAAACGAAUGUGAACGCAGCAACGGACGUGGCCAUUAGAGAGUUGAUGAAGCGUACGAGGCAAGCCAAAACAAUCGCCGAGAAAGAGCUGAAACGCGAUGGAGGAGUCGCGACUUGUUUGUCAAACUUCAAUAGCGCGUUUGAUAAUUUGGACAAGGCCCUUAAGAACAUUAAGGAGAAUGAUGGUUUUAGCCUUAACAUUAACCUUAGCGCCGCGUUGACGGACUAUGAUUCUUGCAGCGAUGCGAUGAAGGAGACUCGGGAGGUUAAUGUUGUUUACAAAUCCGCAGGAGUUUUGUACCAAAUGGCUGAUAAUUGCUUGGCGCUAUCAACCCUCGUUAAACUAUGAUAAAGGAAUUUGGGGAUUUCGAAGAAGAAAAAUAUGCUAAUGUUUUUAUGGGUUUAUUUCUUUGUUAUUUUGCUUCUUUA